AUGACUUCUGUUGUUGCGGCUCCUCUUGUCACUACUAUUGCUGUGCCUACUGUUGAUAUUGCUUAUGUUGCUGCUCCUCCAGUCACUGCUUCUGCUGUUCAUAACUCCCAGGAAGCAGAUCGGGUGUUGUAUGUUUGCAGUGAGCAGUUUUGCUUAUGUGCAUUGUAUGCCCCUGUGGGCAACAGUUUUAGUGAAAUUUCCAUUCAAUUAAUUCCUAAGGAAAGAUCGGUACCACACCCGGAAUAUGUAACCACGGAUAUGUUGGCAGAGAAAAUGGGGAAGUUGUGGGAAACUCUGACAUCUAUUAUGGGAAUACCAGCUAGGGUAGAAACAGAGAGAGUAAAAGUUCAUCCCUUUGUACCGGUUACUCAUAAUAUAGAGGGAGAUAUCAAGAUGUUUUUGGCAUGUGCUGCCUUUCUCCUCAUUAGAUUUCGCACUCGUACACUACCAACCACCAUAAAAAAACCGCCACCUUCACCACCCCGGUUGCCUAUUAUCGGCAACCUCCACCAGAUGUCUGAACUCGUCCACCACUCGUUUUUCUCUCUAGCAAGACGUUAUGGUGACUCACUCAUGCUCCUCUACAUAGGAUCAGUCCCAUGCCUCGUGGUCUCGUCAACCGAAGCAGCGCGUGAAAUCAUGAAAACCCACGAUAUCGCAUUCGCCAGCAGGCCAAACACAAGGAUGUUUAGAGCUAUCUCGUAUGAUCUCAAGGAAAUAACAGUGGCUCCUUAUGGUGAAUACUGGAGGCAAGCAAAAAGCAUUCUAACCCUCCAGCUUCUAAGUAACAAAAAGGUCCAAACUUUUGCUGGAUUGAGGGAAAAGGUAAUCAACGAAUGCGUGCAUAAAAUCACCCACUGUUUCUUGUCUAACAAACCCGCGGAUUUAAGCGACUUGUUUAGCUCACUUACAAAUGAUAUUACAUGUAUGGCUACGUUUGGGAGGACUUAUAAUGAAGGGGAGAUUGGGAGGAAAUUCAAGAAGGUUUUACAAGAGUUUUCGGAGGUACUUGGUAGCUUUUACUUUGAGGAUUCGAUUCCUCAGCUUGCGGUGCUCGAUCGUGUUAGAGGUUUGAGUGCUAAAGUCGAUAGGGUUGCAGUAGAUUUUGAUGAGUUCUUGCAGGGUGUAGUUGAUGAGACCUUAUCCAAGAGAAGCAGAAACCCUAAUCCAGUUGGUGAAGAUGGCGUGGAAACUUUCAUUGAAGCACUGCUCAAUGUUCAAAAGGAAGAUAUUAUUGGCAUCACCAUUGACGCAGAUGUCAUCAAAGCACUCCUCUUGGAUGCGUACGUUGCUGGUACAGAUACAUCAUCAUCAGUGCUUGAAUGGGCAAUGACUGAGCUACUAUUACAUCCCGAUAGCCUUAAGAAAGUCCAGAAUGAGGUGCGGGAGGUCCUUAAUGGGAAGAAAGACAUAACUGAUGACGAUUUGGAGAUGAUGACGUAUCUUAAAGCCGUAAUCAAGGAAACCACUCGUCUCCACCCUCCCCUUCCGAUUCUACCACCACGAGUUGCACGCCAUGAUGUCAAAGUAAUGGGGUACGAUAUUGCAGAAGGAACAAGGGUAUACGUGAACAUUUAUGCAAUUAUGAGGGAUCCUAAAGUGUGGGAUCGACCCGAUACAUUCCUACCAGAAAGAUUCUUGGAUUCGCCUAUUGAUUUCGUAAAGCAUAAUUUCGAGUUACUUACUUUUGGUGCUGGAAGGAGGGGUUGCCCAGGAAGGGUGUUUGCCAUGGCCAUCAAUGAGAAGGUUUUGGCUACGGUUCUACACAAGUUCGAUUGGUCACUGCCAAAUGGAGUUAAGAGAGAGGAUGUGGAUAUGAAAGAAACUUUUGGUUUGGCUAAUCACAGAAAGGUUCCGUUGUUAGCUCUUGGGAAACCUUUCUCUCCAUAGAUGAUGCCAUCAAUUCUUUCUCU